GAUCAUCACAGAAAUGGGAAAACUCACCAUAUCACUGAGUGGUAUGGCAUUGGCUGCCAUAACCAGUUCAUCACUUGGUUGUAUAUUUGCUCUUAGACACUCAGGCACUUGUCGUGGUGCUAUUGCAGAAGUUGCAAACUUGCAAUUAAUAAAACACAAUGGUCUUACCUCCCCUGUAAAAAGUACAGGGCGUCCUUCACCUGCAGCCUUGAUUGCAUCAAAUUUGUUCUCAUGUUUAGCCCUCAAUCGUUGAGCAGACCACCGAGAUGAAGCACCCUUUAUAGAAUUAAGAAACAACAAAUAACUCAAAAAUCAAAUCAUAUAUGCGAGUGGAAUAUUGCAACUGAGAUAAGAGUCUUAAUGGUAUUGUUUGGAUUUGGCCUUGGUAAAACCUGUUCAACCACAUACUGAUUUGUUUUCGUUCCUUUUUAAGGGUAAUGUACGCAGCAAAAUGUCGCUCAUCAAGCAAUUGGAAUAGAAUAAACAGCAAAUGGACAG